AUGCCUUCCGCAGACCAGCAGCACCGUCUCAACCUCGACGGCCUUCAAACCCUCUCCAUCUCCGCCCCAGACGUCCCGAGCCCGCCCUACGAGCACCGCACCACCAUGACGAUCCAGCAAGACGAGCAGCAACCUCCGGCAACCCACUGGCCGCAGGACAUCUGGCUUCACAGCCCCUCGUACCGUGUGCUGUACCAGCCUGUCCUCGUGGUCCCCCACCAGCCGCCGCCCGGCGAGUCUCCCUUGCAGCCGCCAGCAACCACCAAUGUGCCAGAUGCGCCACUGCACGACGAUCUGUCACAAUGCCGCGACGGAGAGGACCCACGGCCCGAGGGGAACCCCGCCGACGGGUGCGGCCGCUAUCAGCCCAACGGGCAUGCUCAUUCUGAAUCCAAGGGUGACGGGCGAUGA